GGAGGCGACUCUUCCGGUGUCUUCGGCAUGUCUUCUCCUUCUGCCUUUAGAUCCACUAAUAUAUUGCUUUAAAUGGGUCAUUUAGUGGAUUUCAGAAAAUAAUAUGAUUUCGAAAACAUUUAGCGUUACAAUAUAAACACUAAUGUGACUUUUUGGGUAUUAAAUGUUAGGAAUAAGUAGAGAAAUGUCUGGAGAAGCUACAGUCUAAAGAUGGCACAUAUUGUCUCAGAAGUGUGUGAAGUGCAGCUGAAUGGAGUUUCAGAGCUGAUAGAUGUGCUUCAGAUAGACGUGGAGACUGAUGUGGUGGAGGACAGGAGAGGCAGGGAGGCUGCACCGUUUUCAAAGAAUGUGUUGAGGAAGCAGCGACACUGGGAGCGGCAGCUGGCAGCGAAGAAAAGCAAGAGGAAAGAAGAGAAGCAGAGGAGGAAACUCAACCGAGAGCAGCAGUCAGGUGCCAGCUCAGAUAAUCCUCAGUUUACCAAGCGGGUCAUGAAAGCGAUCAUCAAAGAGCGUUUAGCUGAAGCUCAGUCCACAGGGCUCAAACUCUGCGUUGACCUGAGUAUGACAGACGGCAUGUCUGACAAGGAGAUAAGUCGACUGGCUGGCCAGUUGAGAAGGCUGUACGGGUCGAACAAGAAGGCGACUCGGCCGUUUCAUCUUCACCUGACAGACCUGAGAGAGGACAGCCGUCUCUACAGAGAGUGUCUUCGGAUGAACGAAGGCUUCCUCAACUACGUGAUGGACAUAACAGACGAAAGCUGUCUGGACCUUUUUCCUCCCAAAACUGUCGUCUACCUCACACCAGAUGCUGAAGAAGCUUUAGAAACAGUGGAGGCUGACAAGGUGUAUGUCCUCGGUGGCCUUGUGGAUGAAAGCAUCAAGAAGAAGCUGAGCUUCUCGAGGGCCAGAGAACUGAGCGUUCACACGGCGAGGCUGCCCAUAGACGAGUACAUGGUGAAGAAAAACAACGCCAAGAAUUUCCACUCAAAGAUCCUGGCUGUUAAUCAAGUGUUUGACAUCUUAUUGACCUUCUGCAACACCGGCAGCUGGACAGAAGCCCUGCAGGCGUGGUUCCCCCAGGGGAAGGGUUAUGUUGUUGCACCAGAGGAUUCCCCACCACUUCCUGUCCAUCCAUCACAAACUUAACACAGGGGCUGUAUUCGAAACCGCCUACUACAUACUACUGACGAACGCAGAAUGCAGUAUACAGUAUGCAGUACAUACUGCUGGUGAUUUGCUGAGACGUGCUAUUUUUCUAUUUUGACCCCUUUGAAAAUGGCCAUGCCGGUUUUUCCUCGCCAAGAUGUAGCGCUAGUUUGGAGCGUUAUUACCCGACAAGCUAGUAUGACAUGAUUGGUACCAAUGGAUUCCUUCUGGUUUCAUAUGAUAUCUGUACCUUCAGUCUAGCUCUAAGACAUGAACAUGAACAUGCUACGGCCUCUGAAAGACAGUAAAGUCAGUCAAGAUCACACCAAUUAUCAACACCAGAUACUAUUUUGCAGCAAAAUCUGACAGCGUGAUUGAAACCAGGUCUCGACAGGUCUGUGCUCUCAUCAGAGUCUGUCUACAGAUAAGACUGAUGAAUCAGUACCUGUCUGAACAGGUACGAGACAUUUUCCUGGAAUCAACAUCUCGAUCAAAGUUCACACGGACUGACAGUCCUGAGAAGAUGUCAAAAGAGGAGCUUAUUUGUUUAAUAUGCAUUAUAGUAAUCCGUUCCACACUUUUUUAUUAGAGUAUUUUAAAAUAUAUUUUCUUAUAAAUGGAGACAUGAUAUUGUCAAAUAUGUGAAUUUUUUGGAAUGUACAUAAAUAGUAUACAACAGUCUGCCAUUAGGUUCGAUCCCCAUUAACCCCUAACCGUCCCAGUGGACCACUUUAACAGGUCAGACUGUGGCUG